UAUUAUAUUUCGUCGUUUCACUAAACAAAGUGUUGAAAUUUUUUUAACUUUUUUAUUAUUAUUCGAUACUUCAUACGAGUUCUUUAAUGAACUUUUAACGUAGCUUUGGAUAUCAGGAAAUAGCCAUCAUUGAUAGUUUUUAAAUAAAACGCAGAAAUAAACAGUAAUAUCAGAUAGAUUUGUGACUAGUAGAAAAUCAUCUGGAAGAAAAUUGGUAAAGUAAUUUUAUGUAUUUAUUUAGUUAUUGGGAUAAUCAUUAUGCUGACGGUUAUUAGUUGCUGAUGUUACUGCUAUUACUGCUAUUGUCAUUGCUGCUGGCCGCUAGUGGUCGUCGUGAAAGAAUCAAUUCUUGUGAAUAUUUUAUGUGAGCACCUCCGCCCUCCCGGAAACUAUCCUCGUUUAGUGUCUAUAACCGUAACUGUUCAGUAUUAUCUUUUCUUUUAAAUCGUCCAUUGAAAUACGUCCACAUCAUUGUUGCAAUGACCUAUAACUAUUUUCUGAGAGAACAACUUUUAAGUCGAUCGACUCUCUCCCUGCUUCAAGGAGAUUUCGAUUCGCUUCAUUUCUUUCUUACUUAAAGAAAGCUCAAGGAAGGAUUGAAUUUUCAAAAAUAAAAAUCAAAAAAGACAGUUCAUCCAUUGAAAAAGUCCAAUCAUUACUUAUUAAUAAUUCGAGAAAAUUCGUAACAAUAUUUCUAAUAAAAUAGCUUAUAUGAUCUACUAAAAUGAAUUCCAUUUAAAGCAUUGCUCAUUAUAAGAUAAAAAAGAUACAAAGAUUGUGAUUCUUUUUAAUAUAAAAAAAAAAGAAUUUAAUCUUACACAAUCGCAUCAAAAUGAAUGAUGCAAUUCGUCCUCUCUUUUUUCUUUCUCUCUUUCUCUCUGGAACGUGUUCGCAUUAGCGUCACGAACGAAUGAAUUAAUGAGUGCACCGAACCGCUCUCUUCGGGGUGGUCCCUUCUUGCAAGAAAAGCUUUGCGAUCGUGAAUAGAACUGUCGUACACACCUACACACAUAUAUAUAUAUAUAUAUAUAUAUAUACACAUACAUACACAUAUAUAUACACAUACAUAUAUAUAUACACGCUACAUUGUAAGGGGUACGUAAAUAUGCGUAAUGUAUGGUAGCGAUGAGGGACUAUGAUGUGUUGUUCGUUGGUGGUGGAUAACAGCCAGAACGGAAGGUGUUAGUGAGUCACAGCCUGACGCUGCUCGGCAGGAGGUGGUAGAGAAAGAAUAAGAGGAAGAGGAAAAAGAACUGACAGUAGUGGUGAUGUUAGUGGUAUAAGUAGAAAUGAAGUAUGACAGGUGUUCGGUGCUGAUACUGACGAUGGCUACUGCUGCUGCUGGCCCUCUGCUACCAUACAGAGUUGCCCACACCUGGGAAAAGCGGCAGGGAAACGAAUGUUCCCAUGAGAUUAUUGAUCGUAACGCGAAGAUACUUUUACAAUACUUGGACGUUGCGGAUAGAUUUUCACAGAGUGUAUCUCGACGAUCAGUGCGAGUUUUAAAGAAGAGAAGGCGCUUAUCGCGCAGUUCACGCUUGGGUGAUGAGAGAUGGUGAGAAUGAGGGUAGAGUUGGCCGAGGUUGAGAUACCGAUGGAUGACGGUUCAUCCUCACCAUCGAAGAACAUGGAGGUUGAUGAGUACGGAGUAGAGGCAGAGCUGACGAGUCUUUCGUGGCUGCAAUCGUUAGAUAUCACGAGUGCGUCCGGUUUACCAACGCCACCAUGUUCGCCAUCGCCUCCACCGUUGGUACGAAAACCACCAAAGAAGAUGUCACCUUUGCUUAAGGCCGAAUUAGAUCUUGCGGAAAACGCCGAUAAAUAUCGGACAGAUCCAGACGCAAAACCGCCAUUCUCCUACGCUACAAUCAUAUGCCUCGCAAUGCGUGCGAAUAAUAAUAAGGUGUCCUUGUCGAACAUCUAUGCAUGGAUUCGCGAAAAUUUUUUGUACUACAAAUAUGCUGAUCCAGCUUGGCAGAACUCGAUUCGGCAUAAUUUAUCGUUAAACAAAUGUUUCGUCAAGUUGCCACGUUCGAAAGAUGAGCCGGGAAAGGGUGGCUUUUGGAAACUGGACUUGGAACGUAUGGAAGAGGGUAAAAGAACGAGACGACGUGCAUCGACAACUCAACGUAAUCGAGGAUCGAGGAGACACAACACGACAAAUUCAACGACGACGACGACAACGACGUCGACAUCGAUGACGUUGUCUUCUACCUCAAUAAGCAACCAUUCGUUGCAAAACAGUUGUGUACCACCUACCACUUGUCUUUCCGCCCUUUAUGAAACACCACCGAGCAGCGUUUCACCUCCGAUACCGGACACACUCUCGGAAGUACCUGAAUCAACGCAAGUUAAUCUCACCGAAGAUGAUCUCACGGGUCUAUUGAUCGCCACAGCAGGCUGGGAUGAGAAUCAGUUGGAUCUCUUAGAUUCUCUUUUGGAUACUCUUUAAAUAUUUUUCUAUCGCUUGUUUCUCUUCAAAUAAUUCAGAAUUAAGUUGAUUAAAAAUCAUCCGUGAUAAGUUAUUAAUUUUUUGGAGAUUUUUGAAAUUUCUUCUAAUUGAUCUUUCUUAAAUUUUAUUUACUCGAGUAAACAGCAAUUGCGAUUCUUGUUCGUAAACGAUUUUAGUUCAUGUAUUAUUAGUAAUCGAUCGACUCAUAAAAAAACUUUAAUACCGUCUAUUAUAAAUAUAUCGAUGUCGUGUGAAAAAAAUCAAAUAAAUGUUGAACUUGUAUCGAAAUGAUGGGAGAACGAACCAAUGAUGAAUACUUCUGUAUUAUUUGAUAUUUUCUCACAUGUGAAGCAUAAAAUUAUAGAAUUAGAUUACAUUAAUUACAUAUGAAAAUGACAAAAUAUUUUCGUUGCGUUCUGAUGAUAUUGACAGGAGAAUUCGAUUUCUUUCAUUCUACUUUCAUAUUUAAUUCAACAAACGAACAAGGCGGCUGUAAAUAAUGAGAUAUUUAUCUAUUGUUCAAAACUCGAAAGUAGUAUUUCGAUUUUGAAUUAACUCAACAACAGUUGGUGAAGUACGAGUCACAAGUAUAGAAGGUGUCUCAUUUAAUUCGAUCAUUUAAUAAUUUUUCCAUAAAAAAAUAUAUUAACUUCUUUAUUGAAGAAUUUUACAUAUUGCUCUUUUAAGAUAAAACAAGUAAAAAAAUUUUAGUUGAUGUAAUUAAGUGAGACAUGCCGUAUAUAUGAUCUUUGUUUCAAAUCAUCAACAUAUUACAAGAGCGAUUUGUAUUUUAUACGCUCGGAUAGAUAAGUUUAUUCGUUAUAUAAUUGCACUAUAAUCAUUAGUUAUAUUUAUUCUUACAACGAACGAUAGUAAUUAAUAAUUAUGACUAAUACGUGUGAAAAUAAAGGGGUUAUACCUUUUUGUGACGCAGCGAUUCACGCAUCGUGCCUUCGGCUAAUUAGCAAAUGCUCUUUUGUAAUCAUGGUUGAGCAACGUUUGCCUUUUUGUAAAACAAUAACACGACGAGACGAAAAAUUCGAAUUUCGGAUUGAUCGAAUAGCUCGAGAGAUAUCGUCUUUAUCUUCUUAAAUAUAAUACUGAAAAGAAAAAGAAAUAUAUAAAUAAUAAGAAUAAUUAUAAUAAUCUUUCAAUCGUGAAAUCGAUGUUGAAAGUAGUAUCAUUUGUGCAAAAUACAUUUCUAACGAUGGAUUCCGUAUAAAACUAUUAUUCGUGUUAGUAAAAAUGAUAGAGUGCAGCACUCUCCCUUUAAAUAUGCGAUGCCAUAAUAUGGCAAUAAACAUUACGAAGAAAUCGAUUCUAUUACGCGAACAUGGAAAAAAUAUAUAUAUAAUUAUACUUUCAAUUUUACGCUAUCUUUUUACGUUUUACAUUUUAAUUCUGGAUGAUAAUUCUCGGAUCGAUUUUAAACGCGUUCGAUAAACGUAGUACUACUUUUUUAUUUUUUGCAUGAUUUUAUCUUUGUUAUAAAAGACUUUAAUUAUAUUUAAUUAUAUUGGAAUGAUCUAGUAUUAUGUUGGAAUGAAAUUUAUAUCGAUUUUUUAUUAAUUCGUUAGUAUGCCACUUAGCAUGGCCGUACGUUCUUUUCUUUUCUUUUCUUUUGAAAUAUGGUACAUUAGUUUCGAAUAUAAAAAGGAAAAAUAUUUUGUUACACUCUCAGGAAACGAUGAAUUCUUUCUUGUUAGUAUAUAAAUACUUUAAGAGGAUGUCGUUUAUAAAAUAAAAAAAAAUAUAAAUUCGAGAUCCUAUAACUAGCGGACCAGAUAUAGAACUUGCAUUAAACGAUAUGUCUCUUGUAAAAUAGGUUUCACCAUUAAUCCUUUUUGCGUGGAGUGCACAAUUGUAAUUUGCAAUGGUAAAACAAUUUUAAGAGUAAUAUAAAGUUCCAUAUCGAAGAGUCUAUCGUAACACUAUGAUUCGUACCUUGUCUUAAUCCGUCCAAAGUAAGGAUUAAACAAUUAUCUUAAUAAUUGUGAACAAAAUAACGAACUGUAGUUCACUCUUUCAAAAUAUCGUCAGCGAACGUAACAACAACGUAACAAUGUAAUGAUACGUUCUCAAAAAUAUUGACGUCUGCGUCAGCCUAUUAUUUAUAAUAUUACGUUAUAAUUUGUAUUAUAUGUUUGUUAGAUGUACGACUUGUCAAAAGACAACUGUGAAAGUGCGUCUUGAGAAUCGGAUGUUCGUGGAUUUUGAAGAAGAAAAAAAAGAAAUAAAAUACAUUUCUAUGAAUUGUUCGCCGCCAUUUUAAAAGACAUUUUAAAAAUAUGAUUUCCACUGGUUUUAAAUCUAGACGUGUAUAAUGUAUAUUAUAUUUUUAGUGGAAUAUAAUAAUUUAUUAAUAGAACUACAGACGAUAUUCCGUAGAGAUCGUAGUCUUUACAUAAAGUAUUAUUGUGUGAAUUGGCGCCACUUUUGAAACUGAUAAAACUAAUUCUUAUAUAAUUCUGCGUGUAGUAAUCUAUAAAUAUUAUAACGCUAAACCGUUUCGUUCUUCGUUUAUUUUGUUAGUAUUCACAAAGUAGCUUUUCUCACCGAUUCUCGACUGUGUAGUUUUAGAAUUGAUUAAAAGAAUUACAAAAAGAUUGGGAAGAAUCAUUUAUUUAUUGGCGAUGAUUUUUCUUAACGAUCGAUACGGAUAAAUUUUCAUGGAUUUGCAUGUGCCUUCGAAGAAACUGCAGUUGUUCACUUCGGCUAGAUAUCGAGGAUAAUUAAACAUAUUGUAUAGACGCCGGGUGCAGAGUGUGGUUGUCUCCAUCAUUUGUAUUGAUAAUAUAUUAAAUAUGUAAUAUUGCGAAAUAUACUUUAGAAAAUAUACAUUUAA